AUUUGUUGCGAUACUGCGGAGGAGGAAAACAACUCGCCCGAAACGUUUCUCUUAGUUGGUUUGCAGAGUUUACUAAAGAAGCACUUGUUGCGUGAAUCCGUCAUGCUCCGCACCGGCCUCACACGAGUCGUCCCGCACAUCUCCCGCAUUUCCGCGUGCAGGUUUUCCGCUGCAGCAAUUCCUGCACCGAACCCUCAGCCCGAGGUUCACUACAACAAGCUCUUCAUUAACAAUGAGUGGCAUGAUGCUGUGAGCAAGAAAACCUUUCCAACCCUCAAUCCUGCCACUGGUGAAGUCAUCUGCCAGGUUGCAGAAGGUGAUAAGGCAGAUGUAGAUAAAGCUGUGAAGGCUGCAAAGGACGCAUUCAGACUUGGUUCUCCAUGGCGGCACAUGGACGCAUCUCAGCGUGGACUCCUUCUUUAUCGCCUGGCUGAUUGCAUCGAGAGGGACUCUGCCUACCUGGCAGAGCUGGAAACUUUGGACAAUGGAAAGCCAUAUGCUGUGGCCUACACAGUUGAUUUGCCCAUGGUGGUCAAAUGUUUUAGGUAUUAUGCAGGCUGGGCUGAUAAAUGGGAGGGCAAGACCAUUCCAAUUGAUGGUGAUUAUUUCUGCUAUACCCGACAUGAGCCUAUUGGAGUGUGUGGCCAGAUCAUUCCUUGGAAUUUCCCUCUGCUGAUGCAGGCAUGGAAACUGGGACCUGCUCUGGCUACAGGUAACACCGUAGUGAUGAAGGUGGCAGAGCAGACACCUCUCACUGCACUCUACGUGGCCAGCCUGAUCAAAGAGGUGGGUUUCCCUCCAGGUGUUGUGAACAUCAUCUCUGGAAUGGGCCCUACAGCUGGGGCUGCCAUCUCUUCUCACGUUGAUGUGGAUAAGAUUGCCUUCACUGGCUCCACUGAGGUAGGUCACCUAAUUCAGCAAGCCUCUGGCACCAGCAACCUAAAGAAAGUAACUCUGGAACUGGGAGGAAAGAGUCCCAACAUUAUUUUAUCUGAUGCCGACAUGGCGCAAGCAGUGGACCAGGCACACAUGGCCAUCUUCUUCAACCAGGGUCAGUGCUGCUGCGCAGGUUCUCGCACCUAUGUGCAGGAAAACAUCUACAAUGAAUUUGUCGAGCGCAGUGUGGAAAAAACAAAAAAGAGAAUUGUGGGAAAUCCAUUUAACCUUCAAACUGAGCACGGACCGCAGAUUGAUGAUGAGCAGUUCCAGAAGAUUCAGGGCUACAUAAACAGUGGGAAACGUGAAGGAGCAAAGCUCAUGUGUGGAGGCGGUGUUGGAGCAGACCGCGGUUACUUUAUCCAGCCUACUAUCUUUGGAGAUGUUCAGGAUGGCAUGAAAAUUGCUCGUGAAGAGAUCUUCGGUCCAGUUAUGCAAAUUCUGAAGUUUAAGACCAUAGAAGAGGUGAUUGAGAGAGCCAAUGACACCAAGUAUGGCCUGGCAGCUGCUGUCUUCACGAAAGAUAUCAACAAGGCGCAGUACAUCUCUAACAGUCUUCGUGCUGGCACUGUCUGGAUUAACUGCUACAAUGUGUUUGGAGUUCAGGCUCCAUUUGGUGGUUACAAGGCCUCAGGGACUGGACGUGAAAUGGGAGAGUAUGGCCUGGAAAACUACACUGAAGUCAAAACUGUAACAAUUAAAAUUCCUCAGAAGAAUUCAUAAGUGGUUUUGACCAUCCCUUUGAAGAAACCAGUGACAAAAAAGGGCGUACAAGUACAAGAAUUAUUCUUUAACCAAGAAAUUUUCUUGAUUUAUAAAGCUUUUCUGUUUUCAGGGAACCUUAUUUCCUUAUUUAGCACAAGUGCAUCAAAUAUAUUGUUCUUAUGGUAUUUGUUCCAUUGUUGCUUUUGUUGCAUUUUGAUAGUGACUCAGGAAUACACCUUGUUUUCACACAGGCACUGGAAUUGUGCAGUGCUUUAACUCAAUUUUUCUGCAAUAAAUACUUCAAAGCUUU